AUGGAUUGCGCUGUCAAGGUGGCGGUUCGAGUUCGCCCUUUCAACAAGCGUGGUGAGGCUUUUAGCUUGAAGAAAUGGAAAAAGAUAUUUAUUUCGAUAGGAAAAUGUCUCAUAAAUUCCAGGAAUGUUGUACUAACGAAAUUUCCCGGAAAUUUUUUUGAAAAGUCAAGCUUAAGAUGGAAGUUUGGGGGUCAAGCUUACAGCUGUCGUUUUAAAUUCCAUGUGAUUCUUGAUUUAUUUCAGGCUUCCUGUUUUAGCAACGUAUAUUGUCUUAACAAGAAGUACCGUUUCCAACUUAUUAGGCGUUCAAAAAAUGUCACAAGAAUUCAUAGCUGAUUCAAACUAUACGCUAAACAAUUUUGGAUAACCCUUUUUCCAAAAAAUUCAUUUCUCAAACUUUCAACUCGAAUCGAUUCGACUUGAACUUAGCUUUUUUUUAGAACUCGACUCCAAUACCAAGUCGGUGGUCAGCAUCAAUAAGGAAACUACGCUUCUGACACACCCAACAGAAGAGUAAUAUGAAAUUUGAAAAAUAGAGAGCACAUCUAAUUCCAGGAAACAAACGAAAACCUUCGCCUUCGACCAUUCAUUUUGUUCGACGGAUCCUCAUGAUCGCGAGUUUGCGAGUCAGGAAACUGUUUCGUUUCAUUUGGGAACAGGAGUUGUCGAGAACGCUUUUGCUGGAUACAAUGCUUGUAUUUUCGCUUACGGUCAGACAGGUGAGAGCAGCCUAAACAAACGUCUAUUUAUUUCAAACUGGAAUAUUUGAUAGUGAUGCGUAUUCUCUUUGAAACAUGUUUGGAGUUGAUGUCCAUUUUUUUACUGCGAUUUUUUAGUUUUCUCAUUCUUCGUAUCUUUUCCAGGUUCCGGAAAAUCUUACACAAUGAUGGGUACACCAGAUCAACCAGGUAUCAUUCCACGAGUCUGCAACGAGGUUCCUUCUUUCCCUAUCUAACUUUCUCAUAUCUGUACUCAGAUCUUCAAACGCAUUGAAGAAACUACGAAUGAAACACUCUCAUUCAAAGUCGAAGUGUCUUACAUGGAAAUUUACAACGAGCGCGUCCGCGACUUGCUUGACCCAAAAAAGUGAAAACUAAAAACAGCAAAAGGUUAUUAUUUGGGACUUAAUUCAGGUCCAACAAGUCUCUCAAAGUACGUGAGCACAAGAUUCUUGGACCCAUGGUCGACGGGCUGUCGAUUCUGGCCGUCAAUACAUACGAGGUUAGUUGAAUGCCGACUCAAGGCGGACUAAUUCGAUUGCAGCAAAUCGCUUCCCUGUUGGAAGAGGGCAACAAGUCGAGGACCGUCGCUGCGACUAAUAUGAACGCCGAAAGUUCAAGAUCCCACGCGGUCUUCAGUCUGAUCGUCACUCAGACUCUGCACGACCUCGACAAUGGGUUCAGUGGGGAGAAAGUUGCCAAGAUAUCUUUGGUGGAUCUUGCUGGAAGUGAAAGAGCUGGAAAGACAGGAGCCAUGGGGAAACGGCUGGAAGAAGGCGGAAACAUCAACAAGUAACUUUUUUGACCAUAUUUAGAUUUUCGUCGGUUUUAGGUCUCUAACGACGCUGGGAAUGGUUAUUUCUGCACUUGCUGAGAGGUCAGGGAAGAAGGAGAAAUUCAUCCCGUACCGAGACUCUGUGCUAACAUGGUGAAUUUAAAAUCUAUUCUUAUGGACUCAUUUCUUUGCAUCUCGAAAAUUGACGAUUAAUUUGACAUGAAACAGAAAACAUAUUUAAAAAAUACAGACAAAAAAUGACAACGGCUAAGCGCUUACUGAGCCUACUAAGCUUAAUUUCGAAAAAAAUCGGGAUCAUUUGAAGCUUUCCAAUGAAGCGAAAGUUAGACUACGGCGUUUCCAGUCAAUCUAAACUUUUCUGAAAUAUCAAGUAGGCAUCAUCCGAAUGAAAAAAAUUUUUUACUUUAGUAAACUUGUCUUCAAGUCAUUUUUUUCAUUUACUGAUUUCAGGUUACUGAAAGACUCUCUCGGCGGAAAUUCGAGGACAGUUAUGAUUGCGACGUUGUCACCUUCUUCUGAUAACUACGAAGAAACUCUCUCAACCUUGAGAUAUGCCGAUCGUGCCAAACGUAUUGUCAAUCACGCUGUCGUUAAUGAGGUAAAUCGCAAAAUUUGUACGUCUCAUCAUUUAUUUCAGGAUCCAAACGCUCGAGUGAUUCGGGAGCUUCGCGAAGAAGUUGAAACUCUUCGGAUGCAGAUCAAUCAGACGCGCAAAGAACACGCGGUUCUUCUUUUCGCUUCUUUUUUUGCCAGCUCUUUCUCUUUUUUUGUUAAUCAUGCAAGCGUUUUCAGGAAACGGAAGAAUUGCGAGAGCGGCUUGCGGAAAGCGAGCGACUCGUCGCUCAAAUGAACAAAUCUUGGGAGGAACGUCUCAAAGAAACUGAUACGCUCAAUAAGGUGCUUAUCAUCUUGAAGAUUUUCAAAAAGGAAAUUCUAGGAACGUCAAAGAGACCUUGCUGAUAUUGGAAUAUCAAUUGAGUCAAGUGGCAUCAAGGUAGAAAAAGAUCGUUUUUACCUGGUCAAUAUGAACGCCGAUCCUUCUCUGAACGAGCUUCUUGUUUAUUACAUCAAUGUAAGAAUUCCAAUGUCUUCCUUGAAAAAUGGAAUUUCUAGGGGUCUGCAAUAAUCGGAAACUCAGAGGAGCUUGAAACAAGCAGAGACUCAGGCAUGGGCCUCUCGCUGGAAGAGUUGAACAAAAAGGAAGAUGGAGGUGGAAUACCUCAGUCAAGGCUUUGUGAAGAGUAACUUUGCAGGGGUUUACACUGGAAAAGACAAAGAAAGGACGAGUAUUGUUCUUCGUGGCCUGGGAGUUAUGAGAAGGCAUGCCAGGAUGUCUAUCGAGGAGUACUUGGGAAAACCCAGACUUUUCAUUGAGCCGCUCUCUUCUGACGCUCGGUAUCGACACUAAUCUUAAUUUUGAAUUAUUUUCAAGUUCAGAGUUUGCGUGAAUGGUAAGCAAAUUGUCGAGAAAACACUGCUGAGAAAUGCCAACCGUAUUCUCAUCGGUAUAAAUCACUUCUUCAAAGUCAAUUGCCCCAAGGUAGAUUCUAGGAACAGUGCCUUGCUAUUUUAUUUUGCAGGACAUGGAGCAGUCUGUGAUGGAAGAGAGCACGAUGUUCGACUACAACGAUGCCUGGCAUGAAGUAAGAAGAAAAUGUUUUUUUGUAAUAACUGAAAUUUUUUUGAGGUUAAUGAUGCCAACCCUAUAUCUUCUGCGGUUGAUCAGUACAUGGAGAAAGUGACCCUGAAACAUCAAGUUAGUUUUUUUUUCUGAUUUUCGGUUGGCUUAUCAGAAACGUUUGAAACUUCGAACUUGAGUAUUUAAAAAAAUCAUUGAAAUUUUGAAAAAAAUCAAUAUUGAACUUUUUGAAAUCCAUAUUUAUUCGUAUGAUACUCAGGCGAACGAUUUCAAAAUUCAGAUUUUUGAGAAACGCGAAAUUUGUUACGUUAAGUUUUUUCAUAUCUUCUCAAAAGUUGAAAAACGUGUUUGGAAACUUAGAAAACAUUGCUUUGAUGCAAAUUUUUCAACUCAAUUUUCCUGUCUUUUUUUAAUUUUCCGAUCAAAAAAAAGAAAGGACUUCUCUAGCUAAUCUCCCUUUUUGUACCUUUGUUGUUAUUUGGAUUCUUCAAUCUCAAAAUUCAAGGAAGACAAGCAAGCCGCCCUGGAGCAGCAGUACGAAGCUUUCGAACGUUACAUCCAGAACCUAACGGCUGGCGGGUGAGGAAAAGAAACAGCAAAAUUACCGAUUCAAUUAAUUCUGUUUUGCAGCUUCACGCCGUCGACCCCAAUGACUCCUGGCUUUGGAAUCGCCACUCCCAUUACCACACCGACUGGCCUACCGCCGUUUCCUUUCCCUCACAAUCCCAAGCAGUCCGUCAAGAGCAAAUUCUUCUAUUGGGCUCAGAGAAAGUUAGUUUCCUUUGACCAGCUCAUCGAAUACUACAACGAGAACUAUUUUUCAGAGAGGAAAUGUUUUCCGAAUCGUUAAAACGCCUGAAAGCUGACGUCGUGCACGCAAACGCCCUGGUCCGCGAAGCGAACAUGAUUUCUCGAGAACUUUCUCAAAAUUCACGGCGUCAGACGACCUACGAUGUCACUCUUCAAAUUCCUGCUUCUAACUUAAGACCCAUCAAAAUAAAGGUGAGAUUCUUUCGACGAGACCUACUGUUAUUUCGAAAUCGAUUUCAGGCUGGAGCUUUUGUUUGCGAGCCAGUGAUAGUAGUGCGCCGAGCAGGAAUGAGCGGAAGCCAGUUCUGGUCGGUUGCACAACUAGAAAGUCGACUCGUCGAUAUGCGGGAAACAUAUAACGACAUGAUCAACGGGUUCAAUAGGUUUCCUAAUAUUUUCAAUUUUAAUAAUAUAAGUUUAUCAAGGUCGUUCGAUUCUCUAUCCGCCUCGCCUAACAAUUCUCCUAUGAAGUCGAUCCCAAGCAGUGACUCAUCUUUGGUCAUUGACCCCUUCUUUGAAAGCCAAGUGAGACCAUUUGCCAAUUUUAGAUGAUAAAAAAAUUUUUAGGAGCAUCAUAACUUGAUUGGAGUUGCCAACGUGUUUUUGGAAGUGCUGUUUCAUGACUUGCGUCUGGAUUAUCAAGUACUCAAAUAACUUCGACUUAUCUUUCUAUGCUUUCAUUUUGGGUGCCGAUAAUUUCACAACAAGGCGAAGUGACUGGAAGACUUCAUGUCCAAAUCUAUCGAGUGGAUGAAGCUGGAUCGAGUAACGACUCCUAUGAAACUCCUCUAGGUUCUGAUCCGGAUUGCUCUCCGGAAAAGUUGAUCGGGAAAGUGAUAAACUGUCGAGUACGUUGAAAAUUAUUAUUUUUAUUGAUUGGAAACCUGUUCAAGGUCCGGAUAAAAAGAGCUUCCGCUCUCCCAGACAAGCUCUCCAACUUUGUCUUCUGCCAAUACUCCUUCUUCAACAUGAGCGAAAUGUUGGUGGUCGCUCCAGCUCACGAUAACAAUUCUUCAUCAACAAGCGUCAUUUUCGAGCACCAGAAGGUUUGUUCACAGUUUCAGCUUAGUGAUUCAGUACAAUUCCCAGGAUUUCUCUGUGGUUGUGACGGAAGAGUUUUUGGAAUACGUUCGAGAUGACGCCCUUUCUAUCGAAGUAUGGGGUCAUCGAGUUUGCGACCAGAAAGAGGAACGCGUUCUUGACGCUGAUGAGAAGAACAAAUCUCUUCAGGUGAGAUAAAAUCCUGAAAUUAUACCUUAUAAAAACUUUUCAGAACCGAUGGAUGGAAGUGACGAGAAGAGUUGAAUUAUGGGCUGAAAUAAAAGAGAUCAAUGACAAUGGCGAAUGGUGUAGUGUGGAGUGUCGUCAAAGCGACGACGUCGGCUGCGGGGGAAUCUAUCAACUCCGACAGGUGCGUUUUUCAGUUUGAGUUGAAUCAAUAUAAUGUUGUUAUUUACAAGAAAUGCAUCAGAAAAAAAUGGAAAAAAACGCAACUAAUUUUUUUGCGGAACUUUCCCGAGUUUUUGUGACAAUGUUUUUUUAGUUCAUAGAACAAAAAAACCAGCGAAAAAAUUUUAGAAAAAAAAAAUUGUGAUUCAUUCAAAUAAUCAUUACUACAAAAUUGAAAAAAAUUGUUCUAAAAAAUCUCCAAAAACCUUCUUCUUCAAAAAAAUGACAUUCGAACUCUUUUCGAAAGAAAACUUCCAGCGCAACGUGGAAUUCAAAAUAAAUCGUAAAACUUUUAAAAGUUUCAUGAUCGAUUUCUCAGGGACAGCAAAGACGUCUGGUCGUUGGUCUCGACGCGAAAACCAUCGAAGGCUUGCCUUUGGCCAUUGAUUCUGUCAUUUCCGUGAGUAUCGGUUGCGUGAAGCCUAUCAAGAAUGGUAGUACACAAAAAGCCAUUGACAGUUACCAGGUUUGUGGGAUUUUAUGGCAUACCUUUCAAAUUAACCGUCACAGGAAGAAGAUUUGGAAGUGAUUCGGAAACAAUGGUCGCAAGCACUGAAGACACGCCAAGUUUACCUACAGCACCAGCUCGACACGGUGAGAAAAACAGAACAAUUUCUCACUUUCUUUCUAAAGUUGUCUUCUAAAACGGGUAAAACGGAGGCGGAACUGGAUCGAGAACAUUCUUUGAUGGGGCAGUGGGUCGCCCUGACUGAAGAAAGGACUGCUGUGGAAUGUCCUGCUCCAAACUCCAACAUUCCAGGAGCUCCAUGCGAUUGGUAUAAUCUUACCAACAAACAUAAAUGUUUUCCAUUUUGCAGGGAAGCUCCGGAAGGAGUCGAAAAACACAUCCCUGUGCUUUUCCUCGACUUGAAUUCCGAUGACAUGACUGGAGAAAUGUCAAGCGAUGAGGUAAAAUAAUUUGAAAAUGCAAUGCAAUUUUUUUUUAGAAUGUCCCAAGAAUUGCUGGAGCUCAUUCCAUGUUGCCGAUGGAACCGGAAAGCAAUCUUCUCAUGCUCCCUCUUCUCAAUUAUAACGAGAAAGAGGUUGAAAUAAGGCACCUCCAUUUGAGGAUCUAAGGUUUCAGCAAACGGCUACUUGCUCUUGGGACAGCUCUAUCCAUGAUAAUUCAGCUUUGAACAUACCCAGCUCCUCAGGCGAGAAGAUCUACGCAAUCGUCAAGGUUAUCCUGAAGGAAGUAUUUUGAAAGUAGUGAAGUUUAAGGUCAUCUUCCGACUCUCACAUCCUUGCCCGAUGCAUAUCGUUCUCCGGAAGCGUAUUUGUCUACAAAUAUACAAAAAAGCGAGCUUGACUGAGAAGAUCUUCAAGCGGAUGAUGGGCGCCGAACCCAUGCACAGAACUGGCGUGCAGUACGACAUCGUGGCUCACAUUCCGAAAGUAUUUCAAAUAAGAUCUGAAGCAAAAAUGAUUCAAUUUGUUUUAGUCCUCCCAAGACAUGGAGGAUCGGAGCUCGUUGGCGAUGAUGGCAGCUCGAGAUACGCAUGAAGAACAGUGGAACGGCUAUGACACCAACAUCGUUUCUUCCGGAAAUCCGUUCCAGAAAAUGAACUACAUUGAGGCCUAUACCAAGAGCAUUCAAGCGGUGAAACAGCUUCAUUUGGAAGAAAUAUCAAAGGAAUUUUAUAGGUUGAAUCAAUGCUGAAACUGGACAGACUCCGUCAAGAAGUGGCCAUCACCAACAUGCUUUCCAAGUAAUUCAUUCCAUCAUGUUGUUCUGAAAACCUAUAGCUUCAGGAAAGAAAGACUGCAGAGACUGCAGAACUUCGGACUUCCGAUGCAUUCUUUCCGAAUGAAUCGGGCCGUUAGCCUCCCUAACGCUAUAUCAACGGCUGGCGCGGUAAUAUUUCAUUUCAGAAGUGUGAAAAACAUUCAUCACAGUUGCCAUUGAACAAUCACGGGCGUAGAAGCGAUACUCCAAUGAGUACGUCUUCUUCAAACUCGAUGGGUUCGUUACUCCAAGAAAACUACACAUUUUACAGUUAUAAUAAAACAACUAACCUAAUAAAAGAAAAAUUUCUCAGUGCGGUCUAUCAGUCGCACUUUCCUUGCACUGCUUAGGCAUGCGACGCUUCCGCCCACCAAACGCUUGAUUUUCGAAACUUUUGUCUUUCAGUUUUUUUCGGUAAAUAUUUCAACGCUUUUUCAUGCAAUUUCAAAGCAAUCAUAGCACUUUUCCAGUUUAGUUUUGCUAUCUUUCACUAACAAAUUUCAGCGCGCCCAACAUCCCUUAACCUCAAAGGUCUAUGUAACGGCAAGUGUAGGUUUUAUUGCUAAUUAGUGUGACCCAGAGAUUAGCAUGUUUCUUGCAUGUUGCACGUCGUGAUUGUCCCUUUUCGGCUGCUUCAUAAGCUGAUCAAAAAAUUGGCUUCUAAGUUACUUGUUUGAAAAGUUUGGGUGACCCAGUUCUUCAGAAUUUCAGUGUAGAAGUUUUCAUAUGAGUCUUCAUGUUUUAUCUAUCAUUAUUAUAUAGUCUAUUCACUGCUUUCUCGCCAAAAACACGGUUUGAACAAAAAAUGGAGGUUCUGAAAAAAACUAGAAUUUUUACAUUUUUUCAAAAAUAAUCUUCUCCCAAAUCUUACUUAACUAAAAAAUCAACAGAAUAAGUAUAAGUUUUUUCGUCUUUGGACAGAAAAAGAGCCUUAUUAGUGAAUGAGUUGUAAUUUUUAAACUUCAGAAUAUCAAUGAGAGUGAAAAACUUUGCCUGGCAGUCUCAAAGUUUUCUGCAAGUCGGAAAAAUUCGCGUGAAUGGCGGUGAACAGACUAUAAUUACCUGUUUGCAACAAGAUUUUGUGCUUCCAAGAAAGACUUUAUGUUGCAUCAUUUUAUGCAGGAAAUCUUAUACCUUUAGUUGAAAUUGCGACUGAAGUUUGUGAGACAUUAACAAAUUCCAGUGACUAGCAUUGUGAGCCCUCUUGGAGAUAAACUCUCAGGAAUCACGGAAGAAAACUUCACUAAGGUCGAGGUCAGCGUGAGGUAGAUUCCAAAGCCAAAAAUAGAAAUUUAGGCGGCUCCUGUUCGUUCUUCCACCGUUCCAGAAACAAUGUACUUCUCGGCGAAGAAUGAAGUGAACACCUUUUGAAAACAAAAAUAAAUAUCGAGUUUCAUUUUAGGAAGCAACGGAAGACGUUCAGAAUGGAAAUGGUCUGAACUCAAGAACCACGACGUGCCGUACAACCAACUCUUUGAAUACCGAAACUGUAACCGGGCAGCAGCAGAACUUCAACAACAACCCACAAAGUGAAUUCCUAGACCAAGAUUCAAAUAUAACUUGAUUUUCAGACAAAAUGCUCGAUCUCAGAACCAACUAG